AUGCCUGGUAUUCAACUGGGCACGGCAACCGGCCCUGCAAAACUCAAGGCAGUGGCUGAGCUGGUCAAUAAGCUCACCGAGGAUCUCGAUAAGGCCUCACUUCUCUCCAAAGACCGAGACGAGGCCCUAGAAGAGCUGAAGAUCUACGGGCGAGACCCCCGAAACGCAGAUCCUAUCUUUACCAAAGAUGGCAUCUCUAUGCUUUUGCGGCAUGGAUUCAACAGCUCGUCCGGUGACACAAACCGAGCUGCCUUGAGAGUUCUGGCCAACUCGAUGCUGCUAAAACCUGAAACAAGGCGGAUGCUCGUAGACCAAGGAUUCGCCAUAAAGGCUUGUGAGGGGCUCAAAACUGACAACUGGGAUAACGAGUUUCUCACGUCACGAAUUUUGCUGCUUUCCACUUAUGGCACCAAAGAGCAUCUGGUUAACCUGAUUCUCGAACACAACCUCGCCGAGAAUAUUACGGAGAAUCUCAGCCGGCAUGCUAAACUUUCAGCUACCAAGCCCUUACAGCCGGAGCCCAUGGAGGAUAUGGCGCUCGCUGAGAUUCUCAAACUCUUGUUUAAUGUCACGCACUUUUGUAAGGAUCAAGCUUCUCGAUUUAGCUCAGCGGUCCCGCACAUUGUCGAGUUAUUAUGGAAACAAGACAUUCCAGCAUCUAAGCCGUUGGAGCCUCCUUUUGGACCAUUGGUCAACGCUCUCAUCAAUCUCGAUCUAUCGACGGCCGCAAACCAAGCAGCCAUCUUCCCAAGCUCGGAAUCCAACAAAGUCGCCGCUAGGCUGAUAUCGCUCCUUGACUCGGCAAUGGCAAAUUACGGUGAUAAUGACCUCGACGUUACCGUCACCCCUCUAAUCAGCACGAUGCUCAAGGUCCAUGAGAAUGCACCCAGCUCAGCGCGCCAAUAUAUAAGCGGCAAGCUACUGCCAACCGCAGAGGACCGGAAAUCAGUCCUUGGGAAAGGCAAGACACUGCCCUCAAGAUUACUGAAAAAUUCGACCAAUCCAAUGGCUCCCGCCUUUCGAGAUGCCAUCUCCCACCUCCUCUUCCAAUUAUCAGACAAGGAUGCAUCGAAGUUUGUGGAGAAUGUCGGGUAUGGAUUUGCUUCUGGCUUCUUGUUCCAGAAUAACGUACCGAUGCCCGCAAAUGCUUCAACGACGUUCAAUGCUGGCGACUCUACAGGCACCCAAAGGCUUGUGAAUCCCAUUACGGGACAAUUCUUGGAUCAAGAACGACCUUCGGAGAUGCCGCCAAUGUCUGAAGAGGAGCAGCUACGCGAGGCAGAGAGGCUAUUUGUGCUCUUUGAACGACUCAGACAGAACGGCAUCAUAGAUGUCGAAAAUCCCGUCGCACAGGCAGUGCGAGAAGGCAGAUUCCGUGAUCUUGGUGAUGAUGAGGUGGAGGAGCUUGACUAG